AUGAACGAUUUUGAAUCCGAAAUUCAUUAUAAGGAAUUAUACGUGGGCAACAUACCUUUCCAUGCAACUGCUCAAAACAUUAUUGAUGUAAUAGAAUCGUUUUUCAUUAGACGCGGUAGGCACGUUAAAGUUCGCAAAUGCGAAUUAAAAAAGAGAGAUCCCUUAAGAAAUAAAGGGUUUGGAUUCAUUUUAUUGAAUCCAGAGGAUGCAGACGAGCUACUUGGUUUUGUAGAGUAUGAUCCACCUGUAUGCCUUGGAAGACCAUUAACCAUACGGAGUGGACAAAAUAGACAAAUAGGAAUAGAUUAUUUUUUUAUUAAUGAAUUCGUGUUCCAAGUCGCAAACUUAGAAAUGGGAAACUGGGCCGGUCAACCACGAAGUAAAGAGGAUAAAAAGAAAAUAUGGUCGUUCAAGAAGAAUUGGGAAUAUCCCAAUGAGUUUUUAAAGCCACAGUUAAUCAUUUUUGAGAACACAUUUUUUUUGGAAGGAUUUUCAGCCGGGAGUGAUGAUAAAAGACGUGUUCAAAUACCUUUUCGCCUAUUAGAUGGUAAGAAGGGUAUUAUAUUUGAUCCACGGCAUGAUAGGCUUUCCGUAUAUCUCUCAAUAAAACAUCCGCCCCACCUAUAUCAAAAAGAGAAUAAUUCUAUGAUGUUAAAUAAACCCCACUCAAGGUUCUCCGUUAUGCAGACUAUGGAAGAAUCGUUUAGACGAACUAUUGAUUGGACGGGAGGAGUAAAUGUAUUCGGAAAAUGUCUGGUGUAUCGUCUAGUGUUUGUAGAUAAUAUCGAGGAAAUAAAAAAUAGUUUAAAAAAGAGUACAUUGCCAGGUAUUCCUAAAGUCAUCCCUUACGCAAAUGUAGAACAAAAAGAAGUUCCAAUAUACCCUCUUACAUAUUUAGAUGAAAUAAUUCAUUUAUUACCAUUUGCGUUAAGAUUCAAGUUGGAAAGUUUAAUUUCGCACGGAACCAUCACUCUAAACGAAAUCUAUGAUCAUCAACUUGGAGAUCAAUUGGUAGAGUUGGUUCGCGAGGGUAAAGAGACAAUUGCCUGGUAUGCGUUAAACCAGAUGACAAUUCAGCAUUGGGAUCCUUCAGACGAUCAUUAUAGCCAGCGCCCGAUAAACAUCUUUGAAAUCGCAGUCAAAAACUUCCGCGGUGAAUAUAAGGAAUGGCAUCCGAAAAAUCCUAAUAUAUCAAUGAAGAGUAAUGCUCGAUGCGCGUUGAUAAACCACGCGACAAUCACACCCACUAAGAUAUAUUUCGAUGGCCCUACUUAUGAGCCGUCGAAUCGUAUCCUUCGCCAGUAUGAGCAUUACCUCGAUAGAUUCAUGCGCGUCGAUUUCUGUGAUGAAAACUUUGACCGGUUAUUCAUUAACGUUCAAGACUGUGAAAUAUAUGAGGAAAGAGUAGGGCUUAUAAUGAAUAAAGGAUUCCAGGUUGCGGGAAGAAAUUACGAAUUUUUGGCCUUUUCUUCGUCCCAACUCCGUGAGGGUGCUUGCUGGUUUGUCUCACCAUAUGCUUUGGCGGACAGUGAAUUUAAUGCCUAUAACAUUCGUUCUUUGAUGGGUGAUUUUAGGUCACCUGCGUUGUACGCUGCACGCAUGGGGCAAUGCUUUUCAAGCACAGUUGGCACCAUCGAACUCGAUAAGAGACAAGUGAGAAAGAUAGAUGAUAUCGAAAGAAAUGAUUAUGUUUUCAGCGACGGGUGUGGAACUAUAUCUGAAAAUUUAGCUAAACGCGUGACUAAAUUUUACUGGGGAUCAAAGCAAAGAGAUAAAGAAGUACCCUCUGUUUUUCAGAUCAGAUUUGGAGGAGUCAAGAUCUAUUUGAAUGAACAAUCGAAUAAGGGUGUGGUCUCGGUGGAUCGAAAUUUACAGGGCGAUGUAUUAUGCAUACGCCCAAGUCAGACAAAAUUUGAUGCACCGGUAUCUAGAAAUCUAGAGAUAUGUAAGACGGUUAGAAAUCCUCUAGCCGGUCAUUUAAACCGGCAAAUAAUAGUUAUAUUAGAGUCACUUGGUGUUCCAAAUGAUGUAUUCAUGGAACUGCAAGAUAGCAUGAGAGAGGAUAUAGAUCUGAUGACGAAAAACGAAGAUAAGGCGCGUGAUGUUGUGAACAGAAGUAUUGGCUCCAGGGAAUGCUCGCAUGUAACGAGGACUAUAUUGAGCAUGAUUGAAGAGGUUCAGUAA